AUGAUUACUCCUAGUGGACGGUUUCAAGUGAACACUAGGCUUUGUUUAUCGAUUUCUGAUUUUCAUCCGGAUACCUGGAAUCCUGCUUGGACGGUUUCCACAAUCAUCACUGGUCUCUUAUCCUUUAUGAAUGACACUGCACCAACCUUGGGAAGUAUCACUUCAUCAGAUGCAGAGAAGAGAAUACUUGCUCGACGUAGUAAAGCUUUCAACUUGAAGGAUCGCGUGUUUUGCGAAUUGUUUCCGGAUGUUGUUGAAGAAAUCAAGAAAGAUCUCAGUGAGACCAGCACAGCAGAAGAAGCCACAUUAAGGGAAGAGGAGGAACGUCUAAGAAGGUGA